AAAGAAUUUUAUAAAUAUUAUUUAUUAUUAUUCUUUCAUUAUAUUUGUCACUGACUACGAACCGCGUAGUGAAAAAUUCUAAAAGCAAAACAAAUACUUCGAUAGACUGUCGUAAUCUCCAAACAAUCACAACGUUAAUCCCUACUAAAGUGUAUAUUGAAAACCCAAUAUAAUUUUAAUUUAUAUAUAUCACCAGCUGUAGCUACAUGGAAGGCUUUGAUGCAAUCUACUAUGAGGAAGAAAUAGAAAAUAAUGAAGAGACAGAAGCCGCUGAUAUAUCCUUGGUGCCUGAUCCUGUUGUUAUUCGAGGAGCAGGAAAUAUGACAGUAUUUGGUCUAAGUAACCGAUUCAGCACAGAAUUCCCCAGUGGUUUGGUUUCACGGGUUGCUCCUGAAGAAUUUAAGGAAACCAUUGUUAGAAUAAAUGGAGUACUUAAGAAGAGCUUACCAGUUAAUGUUAAGUGGCUUUUUUGUGGAUGUCUUUGUUGUUGUUGCACCCUAGGUUGUUCAUUAUGGCCUGUUAUAUGUCUUAGUAAAAGGACACAACAUUCCCUAAAUAAGCUAUUAGAGUGGGAGAACAGCUAUUUAUAUAACAAACUGGGGCUCCAUUGGAGAUUAAGCAAGCAACAAUGUGAUUCUUCAUCUAUGAUGGAAUAUGUUAUUCUGAUAGAAUUUUUGCCUAAAGUACCAAUUCAUAAGCCUGAUUAGUUAAUACUUAACCACAUAUAAACAAGAUGCCUAUUUUAAGAAUUUAAUUGACUGUUGCUAGCUUUUUAAAAUGGGAAACAACAUCAGUCAGUUAAAUUUCUUAAUAUUUUUCAAAGGAGAGUGUGCCUUGUAUGUUAAGUAUGUAACUUACAAUAAUAUCUCAGUUCCCAUAUAACCUCUCUGUAUAUAUUGUAUGUGAUAAUAAACUAUUGUAUAUCAUUGUUUACAUUUCCAUUCAUUAAUUCUAUUAUCAAACCAUGUUACAAAGCAUUUAAUUUGGUUAUUGUUAAUGUUAGUUGAAUUAUUUCUAGUUUAUUUCCCUUACAUUAAGUUACAGUAAGGGUUGUAUCUCCAUGUAGAUACAGUUAGUAUUAUUAAUUAUUAUAAAGCAGACUGCAUUCUGCGAGCAAUCAUUAUUAAAAUAUGCAAAUCAGUGAAGGCUAUGCUAAUUAGCAUUUCUUAUAAAUGCACAAUAUUGUCCCAGUUUAACACUAUAAUAUGUAGUGAUCAAUUCUAUAAACUCAUUCAGAAAAAAAAUGCUUUAAUUAUAUUGCAUAUAGGAAAUUUGGUAAGAAAGUCAUUAUUUUUAAUUGCCAACUCUUGUAAAUACCUUAUUAUAUAUAAAUAGUGUAAUUUGUCUUAAUAAACUAGCGUUUACUUAUAA